AUGGCGGGAAUGGAAGAGCUGGAGAUUCACAGCAAGUCCUACCUCGUGCGAUGGGUCAAUGUCAAAGGUGACCACACAAUCUCCUGGAGUAUCCAACCACACAAGAGAUCCAUCAACUUCGGCAUCUUCAAACAUCUCGGCCAGUCAACUCCCUCCAACUCAUCCGCUACGACGACAACGAUAAACCCCGAUUCCCAAAGCGUCUUAGAUUUAUCGUCCGACAGUCCGCCCGCCUCCGCCGUGAUCGAAAAGCUCCGUGGCGCCGGGUUGAAGCCAACACAAUGGGUAGGAAAAUGCGAAGCCGACAAGAUCUCCCAGGGAACGUAUGACGUGCCCUUGAAUGAAGGCGGGAAUUAUGCGUUGGUCUUCGAUAAUACUUUUUCCAAAACAACCGGGAAAAUGGCGACGUUUGUCCUCAUGACAUAUCCUACUGCCACGCCACCGCAGUCCGCCCAUCAAGUUCAUCCGCCGCACGCGUUGGGAACCGUAAACAAUAUGGGAGCACCCGGGAAUCGCGUCUCGCCCAGAUUACGACCUACAAACAGUUCAAAUACAUCGAUUGAUAACCCGCGUCCAAUCACGAAAGGAGGUCGUUCCAUGUCUGGCGGCAAAUCAAUCAAACAACGUCCAUAUAGCAACAGCGUGUCAUCCGUCAAUGGCGCGUCGGGUUUGGUGCAUACAGGAAUAUUGCAAAAGCGACGCCGAAAGCGACACCAGGGCUGGGCCCGUCGGUUUUUCUCGCUUGAUUAUACGUCGUCCACACUGUCGUAUUACCACGACCGCAACUCCUCGGCGCUCCGCGGCGCGAUCCCGCUCAGCUUGGCCGCCGUGGCAGCCAACGCUGACCGACGAGAAAUCUCCAUUGACUCUGGAGCUGAGAUCUGGCAUCUACGCGCUAUCAAUCAGUCGGAUUUCGCUGCCUGGCGAGCUGCGUUGGAAAGAGCGUCGAAACAAAGCAAAGAGGACAAAGCAACAAGACCCGCAACGCCAACGUUACAGGUACCCGGGAUUUCAACUUCGCGCACUCUACCAAAUCCCGCCGAGGAUCAGGAAUGGGAACAAAUAGAACGUCUGGUUAGCAAAGUUUCAGGUUCCAGGGAUGCGGUGCGUCGGUUGGCAAAGGAUACCGACCCCAAAUAUUUCAGUUCUUCUGCAUCUUCUGGGCCUAUAGUAGCAUCAGAACGACGAGAAUCGCAUAACCCACAGUUUCAAGGUAGCCCGGCCGAUGGAUCCCCUGUGAAUGGAGAAGAUUAUUUUGGUGAUAUUCAACAGAAACGGCCUUUCUGGAGGCGCAAAACUAGCGGCAAUACUCCUGGAAGUGGUUCUAAGCGACAGCUGAAUGGUACAACACACUUGGCUAUGCCUAGCCCGUCGAGUGACGCAUUCCCGAUCACCGUUACAGAGGAUCGCAAACCCAGGAGCGUUAUCAGCCAUCAUACAGACGGAGAUGAAGAUAUUCAUGAAAAUCUUAUGGCUAUUCUUCGCGAUCUCGACAAGACUGUUAUAGAAUUCACCAAUCUGAUUGCAGAGAGCAAAGAAAGACGAAACCCCAAGAUUCUGGCAACCAGUUCACGUGUUAGCAUAGACUCUGAAGGAUCACAAGAAUUCUUCGAUGCCGAAGCCGGCCCGACAUCCCCUCUCCUCACGAUUCAACAUGAUAGCGACAUCGAGGCGGAGAACGAAGAUGAAGCAGAGGAUGUUGAUGAUGAUGCGCUUUCAUCUUGUAGUGAAGGCGACACUCGGAGCGCUUAUAUGCGGAAGGGAAUUCGCAAGGAAAGCUCUGCAAUAUUGUUCCCGGCCAAACCAAAAUCAUUGGCUCCUCUACCUAUAGACAGCGUACAAAGACGGAAGAUCAUUCCCGCUCCAACAGUACCACCACCAAGUCUUAUAGGAUUUUUGCGCAAGAACGUUGGAAAAGACUUGUCAGCAGUCUCCAUGCCCGUGACUGCCAAUGAGCCUUUAUCCUUGUUACAGAGAGCAGCAGAAUGCAUGGAGUAUUCACCCUUGCUUGACAAAGCGGCCAGUGCCAUCGACGGCCUCGAACGACUUGUCUAUGUAACAGCCUUUGCGCUCUCCAGCCUGUCCACAAACCGCGUCAAAGACCGCGCCGUCCGCAAACCUUUCAACCCUCUGCUUGGUGAAACAUUCGAACUCGUCCGCGAAGACCGUGGAUUCCGCAUGAUCGUGGAGAAGGUCUCUCAUAGGCCAGUCCAACUAGCCUAUCAAGCCGACAGCCGUGACUGGAGUUUGACGCAAUCACCAAAACCCACGCAGAAAUUCUGGGGCAAAUCUGCUGAAAUCAACACAGACGGUAAAACGCGACUAAGCCUUCAUUCUAGCGGUGACCACUUCAGCUGGGGUAACGCCACCUCCUUCCUUCGCAAUAUCAUCGCAGGCGAGAAAUACGUCGAACCAGUGGGUGAAAUGGUAGUCGUAAACGAAACAACGGGCCAAAAGACAAUCAGCACUUUCAAAGCUGGAGGCAUGUUCUCAGGACGAAGCGAAGAAGUCGCCGUCAAAGCCUUUGAUGUCCACGGCAACGAACUCCCGUUAGGGUUAGCGGGCACAUGGACUAAUUCCCUGCAACUGACUGAACACGGUUCAACCACAAACAAGACAAUCUGGUCCGUAGGCCCGCUAGUCGACCAAGCCUCUAAACGUUAUGGAUUCCCCAUCUUCACAGCCACACUCAACGAAACCACCCCCAUUGAACAGGGUAAACUUCCACCCACAGAUUCAAGGCUGAGGCCCGACCAGCGUGCUUUAGAGAACAACGAUGUCGACACUGCGGAAGACCUCAAAGCCAAACUGGAAGAGAAACAACGCGAACGAAGGAAGGAGUUAGAAGAUAUCGGCGCCGUAUAUAAACCGAGAUGGUUCUCGAGGGUUGAUACUUCCGACGUUUCAUCAACGGCUGAAGGCUCCGCUGGCAGUGGCAGUGAGGAAGUGACUUGGAAACUCAAGACAGGCAAAGAUGGGUAUUGGGAGGAGAGGGCGAGGGGGGAAUGGAGUGGGGUUGUGCCUAUAUUUAAGUUGUAG